UAACAAAUAUCGUUUGGUUCACUAUAAAUCUUGCAUGCUUUCGUGCAGUUACGUCUUGGAUUCUAGUUCAAACUUCAAAGUGCUUGAUGGGAUGGAGUCCGCUUUACUCAUGCACGCACACGAUUGGUCGUAUCCUACGAUUCCUACGCAUUUCGUGUCUGACAGUUCGUUUGAUCUUUCGAUCAAGUUUCAGCUGAUUUAUAAACAUUUAAUUUAAUUGAUGUUACGGUGAUCAUCGUUCGUCAUCGUUAAUUCAUUGUCGCUGAUCCAAGAAGGGUCGUUGUCAUUUAUCCAACAUUUUCAUCCUGCGUUCGAUGAUCUAGUUGCCGAGUAAGAUGUAUCUAACCUCAAAGCAACGAUUAUGAUGUUCUUGUCGUGAAUGUGUACGUUCGUUCUUUUUGUCGUCGCGGUUACACGAGCAAUCGCGUACGACGAAGAAAUAUCUGUCGGAGAGACAAAUAUUCCAAAUUCGGGAUUCAAGAGUGCAAGUGUGAAAGAGGGAGAGAGAGAGAGAGAGAGAAAGAGAGAGAUACGGGAGGAAGCAAAAAAGAAUUCUCCAAGAAUCAUCUUCAUUAAUGGCCGGUUGAGGAGUUUAUGAAACAAAGUGACUAAUGGUCGCGUGCAAAUGCGAUUUACAAACCUGGCUACAAAUUUGAUAAUGCGCUUUGCAUCUACGUUGGAUUCUCUCUGUAUAACAUCCACAAAGUAGAUUCGGCAGUUGUAUAAUGAUCCACUCAAGAUAAGUCUUGGCGAAAUAUUAAAUUUGACACAAAGGUUGAUGCUUGGACAGAUUCAAGAUGCAACAGUUUUAUUUAAAUCACCGAGUCCUAUUAUGGCUUAUCUUCUUGAUUGCGUAUGCUGCCCAUAGCGGUGCAGAUAUUCUAGUAUUUUCUGCAAUGGCGAGACAUCAAAUUGAAGAAGAAUUUCGUGACAUACCUGCUAAAUUUGGAGGCAUAAUACCACCCGAAGGAAUUAAGGGUAUGGUAGUUUAUGCCGAUCCUCCAGCUGCGUGUCACAAAAUAAAACCUCCACCAAAUGAUACCAAUUACAACAGUAAUUGGAUAGUUUUAAUACGACGUUACAACUGUAGCUUCGAAAUAAAAGUUCGAAUGGCACAGGAAGCUGGAUACGAUGCUGCUAUCAUACAUAAUGUAAACAGUAAUGAAUUAGAACCAAUGUCAGCAAAAGAUCCAAUAGGAAUUUUGAUACCAUCUGUCUUUGUUAGUGAUAUUACGGGAGUAGUUAUAAAAGAAAAUUAUUUAUAUGAUCAGCAGUAUUUUGUAUUAAUUAACGAUGAUCUGCCAUUCAAUAUUAAUACACAUUUACUCUUGCCCUUCGCUAUCGUUGUUGGGAUAUGUUUUCUAAUUAUAGUCAUUUUUAUGAUUGUUAGAUGUAUAAAAGACAGAAGGCGACAGCGACGACACAGAUUACCAAAUUCCAGUUUAAAGAAGAUACCCACGCACAAGUACACGAAGGGUGACCCAUACGAGACAUGUGCCAUUUGUUUAGACGAUUACGUGGAAGGAGAAAAAUUACGGGUUUUGCCAUGUGCACAUGCUUAUCAUACAAAAUGUAUUGACCCGUGGUUGACAAAAAAUCGAAGGAUUUGUCCCGUGUGUAAAAGGAAGGUUUUUACGGCUGACGAGCAAGUUGUGACUGAUGAAAGCGAUUCAGAUGCUGAUGAUACAACACCUCUCAUUCGCGAUGGUCAUCAAGGUACACAAGGUGGAACAUUCGCGCGACAACGAGAGAACCCUUUCAAUAGAGCUAGAAGAUCACAAAUCAGACAGGAUAUUAGUAAUUCUAGUGAUAAUAGCUCUGACUCUGAACAGUCUUUUGUCACCACUGACGAUGUUGUUAGUAAUAACACUGGCGAAUCAUCGAACGUUGUACCUGUUUUCAUGGUAUCGGACACCCAUAGUAUAAACGGUGAACAACAGGAAUUGGAACGAUCGGUCAGCAGCACCAAGCCACAUACGGUAAGUUUAUAUGCAAACGCUCAAGAACUCUCACCAUCCGUUGUUGAAAUUGCACCAACGAGACAUCUAAGGGUCGCUGCAGUUCCCGCAAUAUCAAGUUCUGAUCGUCAUGUCGAAGUUUUGGAUAACAUGUCGGUAGAUGCAUCGGCCAGUUCCGACAGAAACGAUAUUGUUACGUAAUGGCCUGACAGCUGUGAUGCUCAUGGAUCCUGUUUUUCUUCAUGGAAGGACGUAGUACAAGCGGUGUUGAUAGAAAUGACGUAGAACGAUCAAGAUACGAUGAAUAUAAAAUAGUGUUUUUAAUAUAUAUAUAUGUAAACAAUUAUACUUCUCUCAUAUAAUAUUAUGACAUUGCUUCAUACCAAAUAUUUUUUUGCGCUGGUACGUCAGGCAUGUAUUUGGUGGAUUACGUAAUAUAGAUAAUAUACAUUGUUCUCUUCCGCGACGAGUACUAUGUGCAGUGAUUGUUAUGCAUUGAUAAUUUUAUAUUUUAUACUAAUUGCGACGUUUGUCAAGAGAGGUUUUUCUAACUAAAUUUGAUUUGUGGGAAUCGAUAUCAACGAUCCGUUAUUUCGUUCCAGAUGUACAUUACGUUAUUCUUUCAUUUUACUACCUACUAAAUUCUUAAUCGGAGCUAUUUUCAAUAAAAACAUAAAUAAGACUGCAAUUCUAGUUUACAUCGUUUAAUGUUAUUUUGUACACCAGUAUGGCCUAUUUGAUUUGUGCUCCACGAGAUUGAAUCCAUUUAAAAAUUCUUAUGUACUUCUUGUCGUUUAAUUACCAACAGAAAUACGAUGUAAGGCGCGCCCAUGCAUACAUAUGUAUGUAUGCAUAAUCAUGUAUUUGUAUCUGGAUAGUUUACAAUAAGUACUAAAUGACGAACGCUGGUGUUGUUAUAAAGUGAUGAAUCUAGCCCCUUUGUCGAUAUCGGAUCUGUAAAUAUUAUUUCUUUAGAUAUUAUUAUAUAUUAUACAGGAUAUUUCUUGUCUCGCGCCCACCAAGUACACGCAGUGUUGUUCCUUGUGGAAAGAGUUAUUGUUAAGUAAAUUCCAGCGAAUCCGCCGUUCUUUACAAGUCACACAGGCUGUCUUAGCAGCAUGAACGCAGCGGCGUGAGGGCACGCCAUGACGGCGGAGUAUUCACGCACGCGACUCACGGAUGUGUAAAAGACUGCGCUGGAUGAUUUGCUGGAAUUUAACAAUAACUUUUUCACUAAACAUCGUAGAAAAAAAAAGUUUAGGACUCUUCGACUCAACUUUCCAUAAGGAAUAACACUACUUACAAUUAGUGGGCGCGAAAUAAGAAACACCCUGUAUAACAGAAUGGAGAGACCAAAAAUGUACAGAUUUAUUUCAAUGCAGGACAUAGGAUACUGUGAACUGUAUAAAUAUUUGCAAGUUUUUUUAGACAUUAAGUUGAUGAAAUUUAACCUUUAGCCUUUAGUUUUACGAAAAAUAUUCGCUGUUAUCCAAAGUAUUGUAUAAACUAACUUUUAUAUAAAAGGUAGAGUAGAAUAUUUAUGAAAAUCAACUGUAUAGUCGGCAAUUAUCUACACAUUUCGCUAAUGCCUGUAUUCUAUUUCUUAUCAAUGCAAACAAUAUCGAUUGAAAUUAUGCGGUUAUACAAUAAGAGACUAUCAUAUAUGUAAUUAAAUGAGAUGCAUAAAUAUGAAGGCUUGUUAAUAGUAAUGUUUACGGUUUUCUAUUAUUUCAAUUUAGAUCUGAGAGUGGAAUAUUGUGAAUAUUGUGAAAAUGAAAACGUAACCAACUAUAAAUAAUAUUUUAUUUGCAGAGACACAUGUAAUAUUUAAUUUAAAAAAAUAUAAUAGACUAACUGUUGAAAAUCGGAAUUAGAUUGUGAAUAAGAUGGAAUGUGGCAAGAUUAUAAAUAUUUGUAAAUAGCACUUGGAAAAGUUCUUACACGUACAUCACGCGCGCGCGCGCGCACACACAUGCAUGUACAAGCAGUAGGAAAGGAUGUUUUCAUUUGUUUUUAUAAUUCAAAUCAAGAUGCAAAAGUAUUUGCUAUAUACCUUAUUGUUUAACUAUGUAUAGAUGUAAUAUACUAAUAAAA